CUUACCUACCUUACCUCUUCCUCCGUUCUGCGAUCACACAGGACCUAUCUGAUGCAUUGUUCGACAUAUCAGCAGCACGGACACCCACCUGGCAUACUUCCACGCGUUAGCAAGCGGGGACAAUAUACACCCUGGCGUUGCUCGAUGUCGGGAUUAGAGCACAGUCACUCUGCUGCGGGCCAUGGCAAGUAAUCAUGCUGCGCUGCCGAGCAAUGGCGUGCAGGCUGUGAGACGGCGGCACGGAGCGCACGAUUCUGCGCUGGACGACGACGAGCAUAAUGAGUACGGGGCGGCCCAGAACUGGAAGCGCAUCGAGGAGUUGGAGGAGGAGAAUGGGCUUCUGGCGCAGAAAGCUACUGCUGCAUCUCUCCGCUUCAUCGACUACGAGAACGAGUUACGCGUGCUGCGCGAAACAUUGCGCUUGCAGCAACUACAGCAUCAACGCCAGGGCUCUGCCUCCUCGAGCAGGUCUGAUGACCCUCCUCACAGCGCGCCUCCUGCAGCGCCACCACUCGACCGACCUGGACUGUCACGCUUUGGCAGUUUCAUGCGCAAAGCGUCUGGCGCUUCCCUCGCCCCGAGCGAUACAUCACACGAGAGCCGCCAGCAUGAGCUCGAAGCGACCUUGAUUAAGGAACAGACGGCGCGAAUAGCAGCCGAGACGAAGGUCAAGGAGGUCAACUCCGAAGUCGAGGAGUUGAGCGCCAGCUUGUUCCAGCAAGCGAACGACAUGGUGGCCGCUGAGCGCAGGGAGAAUGCUGGUCUGAGGGACAAGAUCAAGGCCCUGGAAGAGGAGAACGGCGGCGCCGAUGAAGCACUGAAGAAGGAGAACGAGAGAUUACGGCAGAAAGUUGCUACGCUCGAGCAGCGCGACGCAGAGCGCAAGAGACGGCUAGAGAAGCUGGAAGCUGCCCAGAGGAGAAUCGACAGAGUGCGCACAAUGUUAUCGGCGCGAUGAGGGAUACGCGAGGGGAAUUGGCUAGAAUCUGGAUCUAAUGGCAUGAUUUGCGCGUUGGCUGGCACACAGCGCGGUGCGGAUGGGCUAGGUGGAACAUCCUGUGCUUCGCGACAGCAUCACUGCGUUUCUAGUGUAUGCCGGCCAUACACCUAGACUGCAAAUUGCGACGCAAAAGCCUACCUCCAGUUGGAAAUGGCCUCGCAGCAGCAAUUGCAGGUAUUGGUGAAAACCUGAUUGGCAAGAGGCCAUUGGUAGGAGGAGAUCCGGAACGGAACCCGUCGAGUCAGGCAAAUCAGUCAGCUGCUCUGGCACGAGUCUGUACGCCGCGGAAUUCUGGUGCAUCGUGAAGCUGAACGGUUGACUGUGGAGUAACCUAGGCUCGGCACUUGAUGAUGGGAGCAGCACGAUUGUGAUGAUAAGCUUUUGGAUGCAUGUUAUGAUGGGCAUGGUACGCCUGAGACGAAAUAAUUGAAGGUCGGACUUGGAGACCAUAAGCUGCUCCCGCUUUGAGUUGGAAAUGCCAUGUCUCCCCCAUUAGGAUUCGUGGGAAGGGCAUAGGGACGCCACUCAGCCCUUCGGAGGCUGACUUGUCUGAAGAGGGGACUGGCAUGCUCGAUGUUGGUCGCAGCAUUGGCUGGAAGACUUCAUGGGGGGAGAAUCGGGGCUUCUCACGGAUGAUUUCCAUCAAGCCGCGGGCGGUAUUCUGGACAUAUCAGAUGGUUUCUGUCAAGUGUUCCAGACGAUGGUACCCUGGUCCGCGAAAAGGCAGUCCGAGAGGCUCUACUCAGGUCAAUGGGAGAAGCGCAUUGGGACAUUAUCUUGGAUACCAUAGGAGGAGAGGAACCCGACUGAAGAGAAGAAGCUACUGCAUUACUCGAAUCACGUACUCUGGAUAGUAUCGCGAUCUACACCAGUGAAUCUGCGUCCUCACGUUGGUCAGGAGCGAUAACACGGUUCGCCUUGCCCAUUGAGGAUGCCAACCAUCUCUAGCGACCAGAAACAUGUAUCUGUUCAUCACGUGGAAUACAACAAAUUGACCUCGAUGAUAUGCCUACCUUCCUCAGACCCUUCCCAUGCUGUUCGAUAGGUGUGUUGUGUCACGGUUCCGGCUCCGGGUUCUGAUUGCCCUUCACUGGUGACGGCGGCCCAACAGCACCACAGUGGGCGAACGAAAGAAGAAGAAGAAGUGAGCAGAAGGCUUCGUCCUGCAAAUUGGAUAUGUGGUAUUUUGUGUCUCACAACUGCAUGGCUCAGCUCACUCCCCAGCUCCUGAACGCCGCCCAUACAUCACGCAUAUGUGAAAUGUACAUGUAUGCAAUUCUCAGUUUCGUCGUCGUUACAUUAG